AUGCUUGCUACCACAUCCCGUCAAAUGUUCGAAAAGCCCUAUCGAUCCGAUUUAUUUGGCUUUGGUGUCCGCCACAAACAAACACACGUUGGGCUGGAACGGGAAUCGAGCUGCUCUAACGUUUCACAAUCAGCUCUCACCUCAACCAAUUGCACCGGCGAGCUCAUUUUCGACGCCUGCAGACCUCAUUACCGGAUAGGACAAGGUAUCCAAGAGAAAAUUGUCGACCCACUUGUAGAAAUGGGCGAAAAUUACUAUGUUUUUCUUGGAAUAACAUGUUUGAAGAUGGGGGGGGGGAGCCGAGGCGAGUCGACACUCCACCGUUCCAUCAAAGAAAAAUUCGAGGCGAUCAAGGUCGUUGAGGGAUACAUAUUCACGUUCGUCCGUGCACGAGGAGGUGAUUUAUAA